CUAACGCCUGUCGCUGUUGCAAAGCAUCACGUGAUAGAUCGACCUGAAGAUACUCAACCCAACGAUGGAUGAGAAGACCGACUCCCUCGAGGGCAGGAUCGUCUACGAUGAGAACGAGGCCGUCAAGGCGGGCAGCCUGCCCGCCCUGGUCGGCCAUCUGACGCGCCAUGACCGGCUCGACGCCGCCUUCAACCGCACGUUUUUCAUGCUGUACACCUACUUCACCACCACCGCCGAGCUGCUGGAUCUGCUCAUCGCCCGGUUUGACCAGUCGCCGGCACAGCCGCUGGUUCGGUUCCGUGUGAUCAACGUGCUGAAGCAGUGGCUGGAGAAUUUCUGGCCCGACGCCGCCGCCGCCGCCGCCGCCGACGAGGCCGCUCUAUUGCUCAAAGUGCAGUCCUUUGCCCAGCGGGCGAUGGCGGUGAUCGACACCAACGCGACGCAACAGGUGCUCGGCCUCAUCCAGCGGCGUCGCGCAGGGUUCGUGGUGCCCCGGAAGAUCUCGCGGCCAUCUAUUAGUGCCACGCCCCCGAAACCCAUCCUCCCGCGCAAGCUGAAGCUGGACAAGCCGCAGUUCAUCAAGAUGGAUCCCCUCGAGCUGGCUCGCCAGUUGACCAUCCUGGAAGCCCACAUGUUUAACAAGCUGCAGCCGGACAAUUUCCUGCACAAGAACUUCCAGAAGAAGAACGAGCCCAACAACCAGAUCCGGCCGUUGAUCCGAUAUUCCAACCAGCUCUCCAACUGGGUUGGCUCGCUGAUCCUCGCCGAACCCGAUCUGAAGAAGCGGGCGGGCGUGAUUGGCCAUCUGGUGAAUGUCGCAACAUCCCUGUAUGAACUCCAAAACUACUCGUCGGUGGUUUCCAUCCUGUCGGGCCUGGAAAGCGCCCCCAUCUACCGGCUGGUCCGGACAUGGGCGAUGGUGACCGAACGGGCGUGCAAUUCCCUCCGACCCCUCCAGGCCCUCAUUUCCAGCACACAGAAUUACCAGACGUACCGGGAUAAACUGCAGAGCACCGUCCCGCCGUGUAUCCCCUUUCUGGGCGUCUUUCUCAAAGACAUCACCUUCAUCGAAGAUGGAAACCCCGCCCUCACCCCGGACAACCUCAUCAACUUCCAAAAAUACACCCUCCUCGCCGCCACCCUCCACGACAUCCAGCGCCUCAAGGAAACCCCGUACUGCCUGCAGCCCGUGCCGGAGCUGCAGGAUUACCUGGCCGGCCAGCUCCAGUGCGCCGUCGACCUGCACGAUCUGUGGGACAGGAGCUGUGAGCUGGAGCGCCAGGGGAGAGGCGACGAGAACAGACCCAGGGGGGUCUACACGCCCACGGGGGGGAUGACGGCCUCCAUGGUGGUCGCCUGUAUGAUUCUCGAUGAUUAGAUGAUAAUGACCAAAUAUAGAUUUAGAC